AUGGCCACCGACUGGCUUCUUGCUAACUACAUCCGAGGCUGGGUACAAACCGCCUCCCCUACACAGGUCUACUUCGCAAUUGUUGGUCUUGCGACGGUGGGGUACCUGGUGGGAUAUGUCAUUUACCAACGAUACUUUCACCCAUUGGCCAAAUUUCCGGGUCCGUUCUGGGCGAGCGUAACCAAUUUCUGGAAAGUCUAUGAGUUGUCCACGCUGGCCCUCCCGACACGGAUGUGCAGGGUGCACGAGAAAUAUGGGCCAGUAGUCCGUAUCGGCCCAGAUGAUCUAUCGUUCAACAUCCCCGAGGCCAUAGCACCGAUUUACAAGGUCGGCAGGAAAAUGCCCAAGGGGAUCUUUUACAACGGCUAUGUUUCCACGGUACCUGAUAUCUUCUCCACCCGAGAUGAAGAUCUCCAUGCGCUGCGCUUAAAGCAGAUAGGCCCAGGCCUGACAGUCUCGGCUUUGAAGCACAUGGAGCCCGUCUUUAACACCCAUAUCGGCAAGCUCAUCACCAAGAUCAAUGGUCAUGUGGAAGCAGGUACGGUGCUUGACCUGAAGGAAGCUCUCGCUCUUUACGGCUAUGAUAUUACUGCGCAGCUGGCGUUCGAUACCGACUUCAAUUCACAGGCUACGGGCGAACUCCCUCCACUGAACAACCACUUCCUGCUGGGCAACAUAUACGGCCUUCUGGCGAACCUGCUUCCCCACCUCGCCACGUGGUCUGCUCUCUUGCCUUCAGUCAAGAAGCUGCUGGAAAGUCGCAAUGAUCUCAAAAGAAUCGCAGAGGGCUCGGUCCGCAAGAGCCUCGAGAGUCACAACAACGAGACGGAGCCGGGCACCUUGCUUGCGGCACUGAUCAAUGCGAAGGAUCCUGACUCAGGGAAGAAAUUGACGGAAGACGAAAUAAACUCGGAAGCCUUUGUUUUCCUUGUUGCGGGCUCGCAUACGACCUCAAGCGCUAUGGUUGCUCUUCUGUUCUACAUGCAUCAAAACCCGACGGUAAUCAAGCGCGUCCGCGAGGAGCUGGACGCCGCUCUCCCCGGUCAGCAGAGUGCGCCUUAUGACUUUACCGGUCUGGAUUCCAAGCUACCAUACAUAUUGGCCUGUAUUCGGGAAAGUUUUCGCAUGUCGCCAACCGCCGCGCUCUUGUUACCCCACGAGGUCAUUAACCCGGCCGGAGCGAAUAUCGGAGACUAUCACGUCCCCAAGGGGGCAAAUUGCUCCAUACUGAGCACCUGCCUGCACCACAACCCGGAUGUCUGGGGGCAUGAUCACGACGAGUUCAAUCCUGAUCGCUUCAUGCCUGGUAGCCCUUCGUAUAAACAGGAGUACCUGGGUAUGCUCUUCCAUUUUGGCCAGGGCAACCGCCAAUGUGCGGGCCGCAACAUUGCGUUGAUGUCCAUCUGGAAGGUGGUCGUCACCUUGCUCAAGAAUUACGAGUUCGAACUCCUCGAUCCGAAGGAGAAAUUUGUCAUGCUUGAGACUGGGGUCGGCGAUAAGAAGGGUCCUAUGAAUAUGCGUGUCAAACGCCGCGUCGCU